CAUGGCCGAAAGGAUAAGGCUUCGGCCUUGCAACCCGGACGUCGCGGGUUCGAGUAUGCGUGGGGGAUCGGGCGAUCUUCGCAGUAUCCUUAGCCCCCGCGUAACUGGGAAUUGGUUUCUUGGCAGCGAAACGUCGGUACAGCGUCCGGCUGACAUCUUUUUUGAUGCACAACGUACAACAUUGUUUGAAGGACAUCUUCACAACCCGGCCAUCUUUGUGGGACUGCAGCCAUCCGUGUACACAAUGUGUUUAGAGUAUUUGGAAUAUGCCAAGAAAUAUCCUUCUGCGAUGUCUAUCGUUCGCGGACACGUGUUUAAACUGUGUCACCAUGCGCUAAAUGAACAUCCUGAUUUCCGGCACCAUAUAUGCGUGGCUCAGAGCGUGGAUGAACUACGCGAUGGGGUGAAGGCUUUGGAAGACGCAUGCUCUUCUUGUUCGAAAAACCGAGACGCGUCAAUCCCACAUCCGCAUUGGAUUUGCCAACCUUACGAGCGUCCCAAGUCUCACACCGAAUCACAACCUGAAUCGAAACCCGUCGCAGCCAGUGAACAAGACCACGAAACUGCUUCCAUUGACUCUAGUAAGCUACAGUUGCAGCAAGACAGACGGAAUCGCCGUGAUGCGAAGCGAGCAAGGAAAAUGUGCAAAUUGCAAGCGAAACAGUUGGCCGAUCUGCUGUGUUCCAAUUGUCAGUCAAACCGGAAGGGAACACACUGUCCCAAUUCAUUCUGCAGAACAUGUUGUUGGAAAAUGGAUCCCGAGAGAUCGAGCAAAUGCGAAGUGCAUCAACGUGAGAAAAGGCGCAAAAUGGCUUGAUGGAUGGGAGACUUCAUUUGUACAGAUAAACAUGUUAAAUAUACUUAUUUUUU